AUGUCGCUUUCUAUGCCAGAGAAAGAUUUUCAGACUAGUGCAUUAUCAUCUGCCAUGAAUAUCCUUCCAAAACCUGCUUUAUCUCGCACUUCAUCUUCUUCUUCCCUAAAUAGUCCUCGUCCUUCUUCAGCUGAUUCUUCAUCUUCUCUUAUACAUACCGACUAUAAACAUAAAGUAGAGUCGUUGUAUGAACUAUCAUACAUCCCAGAAGGUGAUUCCACUCCGUUGGAUAAUCUUCUCAUACCCUCUCCGUACAAAAAACCAUCCCCACCCUGGCUUCGAGAGGAGUUCACGCACAUCCAUUUUGGAGCAAUCCGGUUGGCUCUUACCUUCCACGGACGUAAAGGUCUUCCCACUACCGCCCGUAUUGCUCUACUGGAUACUCGGUUCCCGUCCUACAUCAGCGCCUGCAUAGGCAGCAUGGAAACAACUCUCAAUGCUGGCACUGUAAUGGCAACCUUCUACCCGAACUUAAACAUGCUUUUGAAUGAUCAGAAUCAUGCUUUUGACUUGGUACCACCUCGUCACCCUGAUCUUCUGGAUAAGGCUUUGUUCCUUAAAGUGGACAGCAACUGUGCUGCUAGUUGCACCUAUGUACCACGACAAAUACCUCAGCCCGAAUUGUUGACUCUCAUGCCUGAACGAUGGCUUACAGCUUAUGAAAAGCUGCAUCCAACUGCUAAGACUAAUCAGCCAGUGCAGACUACCACUUGCACUUUCCAGACACUUCCAGAUGGCACCGUCGAAACUCGUUAUGAACGGGAAACACCAUCGACAGAUACACCUCCGUGUUUCUCUACAUCCUUUGCCAUGACUCCUCUGGAUGUCUCACCAUCACAGCACCAUGAUCCUACUGUUGGCGUUCCUAUCAAUUAUUUUAAUUCAGAAGGUGCUCCUGUUUAUGCCUUCUCUGAUCCUUCUACUGGUCACAAAUACUGGGAUCUUUGCGACUGUGAUGAUUGUUUCUAUGAUUCCAUCUAUGAUGAGAAUCAUUCACGUCGCCCAAAGAAGAAAAAGCCUCGUUCCUCGUGUAAGACUUUUAAAAGUCGAUAUGAUAAUGGUGAUCCACAUGUUGGCCCACUUGGCCAACCCUCAGGCAAGUAUGAUUAUCUUGUCUCCUAUAGUGCUCCUCCACCUACACCAUAUCCCACCAAACCAAGUGGAUGGGAUAAUGAUGAUGAUGAUACGGACCUUAAUCCUUACUAUCGUAAGGCUCUUAAGUGCAUCCCUGCUGAACAGCGUCAACCAAUACAGACUUUUGAAGCUGCUCCUUGUGCCAUGUAUACAAGCAGCUCUGGUCCAUCAGUAUCAGCUUCAGCUCCAGCACCCGAAGAUUUUCCACCACUCACUCCAUUUACAACUAAUAAUUUUUCCCACCAAUGGAAAAUCAAGAAUCCUACUACAGUGGACCCCACUGGAGCUCCAACCAAGCUUUCUCCUACUGAAUCAGUUCUUAACUGGCAGUCCCAGAAUGCUGUUGCUCAGAAUUCCUGCCUACAGCGGAUUGAAUCUCAACUGUCUACCCGUUUACAGUCUCAAGAGGAUAAUCUCGCCAAAUUACGAGCCCAUAUCAACUCUCUUCAUAAUGAGAUUCUCUCUCUUAUUCAGCACCGCCAAGAUUUCUCUCAGCAGGAACAGGAGAUCAAGUUCCUCAAAAACCAACUUGAUUCUCUUGAGCAAUCCCAACAGCCAGUUCGGCCUCGUUAUGAUUCAACUCUCAGUCCUUUAUGGACUCCACCUUCUCAAGGCCAGUAUUCCGUCUUCCCCAGACCACGAGUUACUCAACCAUUACAGAGUACACCUUUGUUCACUACAGGCUCACCCAAUAUGUCUGUUUUCCGAAACAGACAGCCGGCUAGCCAGCAAACAUGGUCCCCACGGACCUCACCACCUACUCAGCAAACACAAGUUCCACCAACUCCCACAUAUACUCCAUCUCCACCGCCAAAACCACCAAAACCAGAACAACCAGGUCCCUCUUCUCCUGCACCACCAGGACCUCCUCCACCAAGCUUCAUGAUGUCUUCUUCUGGUUCAAAUCCGAUUACGGAUUUCCUUACCCAUCAUACCACAGAAGACUUGACCCCUAUACAGAAUCUUCCUAUCCAGUAUGCCACCCUGGACGAAUCUAGUUCCUCUGAAGAAUCUGAUGAAACCUCAUCCACCGAAUCAGAUUCUCCAGUUAUCUUCAUGAACCAAGCUCACACUCCUAGGCCACCUCCGGCUCCUACUGAACCUAUAGUGGAAGAUCCACCUGACCCAAUGGAUACCACAGAGCCACCAUACACCCCUUUUUAUGGUCAACGACCCAUAUACAGAAUCUUCCUAUCCACUUCUAAGACUCCAAGUAGGUGGCAUGGGCUUAUCAGCUCAGUUUCAGCCAAGUAUAAUCUCAGAUUUUCAUUCUCAUUUGGAGGAUGGGUUUCAUCAAGAUUAAACCAAGGCCCUGGAGGGUGGAAUGUUUCCAUCUAUGAUGAGAAUCAUUCUCGUCGCCCAAAGAAGAAAAAGCCUCGUUCCUCGUGUAAGACUUUUAAAAGUCGACAUGAUAAUGGUGAUCCACAUGUUGGCCCACUUGGCCAACCCUCAGGCAAGUAUGAUUAUCUUGUCUCCUAUGGUGCUCCUCCACCUACACCAUAUCCCACCAAACCAAGUGGAUGGGAUAUCGAUGAUGAUAUGGAACUUAAUCCUUACUAUCGUAAGGCUCUUAAGUGCAUCCCUGCUGAACAGCGUCAACCCUUACAGACUUUUGAAGCUGCUCCUUGUGCUAUGUAUACAAGCAGCUCAGGUCCACCAGCAUCAACUCCUGCUUCAGCUCCAGCACCCGAGGAUUUUCCACCACUCACUCCAUUUACCACUAAUCAUUCUUCCCACCAAUGGAAAAUCAAGAAUCCUACUACAGUGGACCCCUCUGGAGCGCCAACUAAGCUUUCUCCGGCUGAAUCAGUUCUUAACUGGCAAUCUCAGAAUGCUGUUGCUCAGAAUUCCUGCCUACAGCGGAUAGAAUCUCAGUUGUCUACCCGCUUACAAUCACAAGAAGAUAAUCUUGCCAGGUUGCGGGCCCAUAUCAAUUCUCUUCAUAAUGAGAUUCUCUCUCUUAUUCGGAAUCGACAAGAUUUCUCUCAGCAGGAACAGGAGAUCAAGUUCCUUAAAAACCAACUUGAUUCCCUUGAGCAAUCACAACAGCCAGUUCGGCCUCGUUAUGAUUCGACUCUUAGUCCUUUAUGGACUCCACCUUCUCAAGGCCAGUAUUCCGUCUUCCCCAGACCACGUGUUACUCAACCGUUACAGAGUACACCUUUGUUCACUACAGGCUCACCCAAUAUGUCUGUUUUCCGAAACAGACAAUCAGCUCAACAGCAAACAUGGUCCCCUCGGACCUCACCACCUACUCAACAAACACAGGUUCCACCAACUCCCACAUAUACUCCAUCUCCACCGCCAAAACCACCAAAAACAGAACAACCAGGUCCCUCUUCUCCUGCACCACCAGGACCUCCUCCACCAAGCUUCAUGAUGUCUUCUUCUGGAUCAAAUCCGAUUACGGAUUUCCUUACCCAUCAUACCACAGAAGACUUGACCCCUAUACANGAUCAGAAAGAAUCCUCCUCCCUGGGGUCCAGACCAAACCACUUCAGUAAAACGACUCAAAGAAAUUGCCCAACAGCUGCCCCCACUACAAAUUCCCUCAACUGGCCAACGAAUACUUCAAACCGAUGCUAG